CACCUCCGCCCGCGGCCGCCCCCAUUGGCUGCAACGGCGCCUUUAGCGGCUCAGCCCAGCGCGGCGCCCCGCUUCCGAAAGGCGCGCCCGGCCGGGAAGGAGGAGGCGCCGGCGCCGGUGUUGUGAAAUGGUGCUGGGAUUAUUUUGCACCUUUUGAAGGACCGUGUUCUCUCUUCUUCCAACCUCCCCCCCCCCCCCCUGGAAUAGCAUAACUACGAGGCUUUACCUUCAGCUCUGGACAUUAGUGCUAUGGAGAGAUAUGAGAAGAUCAGCAAGAUUGGUGAAGGUUCCUAUGGAGUCGUUUUCAAGUGCCGGAACAAGGACACCGGCCAAAUCGUCGCAAUCAAAAAGUUCCUGGAGUCCGAAGACGAUCCUGUUAUUAAAAAAAUCGCACUUCGAGAGAUCCGGAUGUUAAAGCAACUCAAACACCCCAAUUUGGUCAACCUUUUGGAGGUUUUCCGGAGGAAACGAAAGCUUCACUUAGUCUUUGAAUACUGCGAUCACACUGUUCUCCACGAAUUGGACAAGAACCCACGUGGGGUUCCUGAGCAUCUUGUGAAGAGCAUAAUUUGGCAGACCCUCCAAGCAGUAAACUUCUGCCAUAAACAUAAUUGCAUACACAGAGACGUCAAGCCGGAGAACAUCCUGAUAACGAAGCACUUUGUCAUUAAACUCUGCGAUUUUGGAUUUGCUCGGAUCCUAACCGGGCCCAGCGACUAUUACACGGAUUACGUGGCUACCAGAUGGUACCGUUCUCCAGAGCUCCUUGUGGGGGACACCCAGUACGGCCCACCCGUGGAUGUCUGGGCCAUCGGCUGUGUCUUUGCUGAGCUGCUGUCAGGCAUCCCUCUGUGGCCUGGGAAAUCUGACGUGGAUCAACUUUACCUGAUUAGAAGGACGCUGGGGGAUCUCAUUCCCAGGCACCAGCAAGUCUUCAGCACCAACCAGUUCUUCAGUGGGGUGCGGAUUCCAGAUCCAGAAAGCAUGGAGCCGUUAGAAGUGAAAUUCCCAACCAUUUCCUACUCGGCCCUGGGUCUUAUGAAGGGCUGCCUCCACAUGGAUCCUGCCGAGCGCCUGACCUGUGAGCAGCUCCUGCAGCACUCGUACUUUGAUAGCAUCCGAGACGUAGAGCUUGGGAGGGAGCGUGAAAAAUCCAUCACGCGGAAACCAAACCGGCCGACUCGGAAGCAUGUUCCUGGGUUACAGUAUCUACCCCAGUUAACCAGCAGUAACGUUUUGCCUGCUCUGGAUACCAAGAAGUAUUAUUGUAGCACCAGAAAGCAGAACUACCGAUUCCCUAACAUCUAGUACGCUCAGCUCUGUCUCUCGCUGAAAGUCUUAGUGCACCCCCAAACCUGGAAAGGGGACUUGAAAGAAGAGGCUGAAUACUGCGUUACUGUAUCCUGAAGCAAACCUUGGAAGGAAAGGUGGUCUUCGAAGAUUUUGGACUGCUCACAGCUGAGUGGAAAAUGCAUCUGUUUGGGGGAUUUUUUUUUGCUGCAAAAACGUGGGACUGCAUCCGAAUUAUUCCGCUGGCUCCAUCGUCUUGUCCAAUAUGAGGCAGCCCACGCUCGUCGCUGCUGCGUGUGAGGCUUUGCCGCUGGAGGACGGAACCCAAGUAUGCCAAAUCAGUUUUGAUUCACAAAAUCCCGUUGUGUCAAAGCAAGGGAAAGAAACUCUGGGUUUGUUUCAGAAAGUGGCAAUGAAUAGCUGGUCCUGCACACGAAAGGUUCCUGUGGAUAUAGUAGCUGAGAGAAUGGGCUGUAACCGAGGAGGAUCCUUGUUGUCUUUGCCACGAGCUCCCUAUUUAGCUUUAGCCAGUGUAGCUUUGAAGCUGAUUUCUAUGGAUUCUGAUCUAUUGUCCCAGGCCUUCCAUCAAAUGUUGGGGUCCCCCUGCCUCCCUUUAUGGUGAUUGACGAAAGUAGUAAAUAACUUUUAAUACCUGUCUUGUUUUAUUACGGUGUUUCUUAAUACUGUAUGGAAGCUGCUUGGGGUGCUUUUGGCUGCAGAGGCAGGGUAUACAUUUUGAAAAUAAAAAAAUAUCCCAGUGCUGACUGGCAAUGCCUCUCCACCUGCCUCAAGCCUUCCAGCUUGAGAGAGAUGGUGGGGUCUUGUGUUGGUGAAGCAGAUGCUCCGCCAACAUGGUUAUGGACCUUCCUGAAGUAUGACCGAAGAAGGGGGGGGGGCAUUGACAAGGCAAAGAGCAUUACAAAUGAUGCACUAAAUCGUUAGAGUAGUCCCUCAGUGGAACAGUCUUCCUUGGGAGGUGGUGGGCUCUCCUUCUUUGGAGGUUUUAAAGCAGAGGCUAGAUGGCCAUUGACAGCAAUGCUGAUUCUGUGAACCAGGGUUACAUCAGUGCUUAGUUCUCGUGGCCCCUUCUUAAACGCCCAGGGUAAUGCCGAUCGCCGCUCAGAAAGCAAUUUUCUCCACACCAAUUUGGCCAGGGAUCCUGUUCGGGGAAUGCAUGUUUGGGAAAAUAGUGAAUCCCAAAAAGGAACUCUGGACUACAUUCAGAUAGAGGAAACUAGCACAAGUGUGGCUCGGCCUCAUGCUUGGCUGCUUCCCUCUACCACUUGUAGAGGUGCAGUUGAAAACUUCCUGCUUUGGACGUCCCAAUUUGCAGGUUCCUGGGCGAACUAGUUUAGUUCCUUUCUGUACAUCGGCUUCCUAAAUCAUGGUUAAAUCCCAGUUUACAAUUGUGGUGUUUUGGGAGGAGGGGGAAAUUACUUCAUUCACCCAAGUAUUCUAAUGUCAUAGUGAACUGAAGCCUUCCCCAACAAGGACAUUUUUGUUGCUCUCUGUGGCAAGGGGGGAAUGUAUUGGGCAAGUGUGAGAACAAGCUCUUGUGCCUGUCACGGGUAAACCUGUGUCCUUCAGUGAUACCUGAAUGCAGCUUUCCUUUUAUGCAAUCUUUUUCUCUUAGCAAUUUAGAUCAUUUCUCAUCCCGCUUUCUCUCAAGCUCUCCUCUCCCCAGCCCCAGUGUACAAAACAGGAGUGAUAGUACUGGGUUGUUGUAAGUUGAUGUAUGUGAAGUGCUCCGAAUGCUUGAAAUACACCCUCCAAAUGCUAUUUUGGGUCCUCCUGACAUUUUCAUUUUGAAGAAACUUCUGUCUGCGGGAUCAUUCGUCACUCAAAACACUUUGGCAGCUCACAGAUGGUUCACAGUAACUUCAACUAAAUUGUGCUACUCCAUGUGUAUGGUAAAGGACAGCAGGCAUUUUUGCCUGGAAUAAAAAACUGUCUACUAUUC